GAGUUUUAUAUCGAGUCGGCUCCCGAGCUCUUGACUCGACGGCCCCGGCCCGCGGCCCUCCCCCCGGCUAGCACUACUCCCGAGUCCCGACAGCAUCUUCCCUCAUUUUUCUUUACAACAUUGAGUAGAAGUCUUCUAUUUUCUUCCUCUUCGAUUCCGUCUGCUGCGUGUCCCUGCUGCAGCCCAACCAAACCCCGCGAGCUGACCUUGCCUGACCGCCCCAAGCUUGCCGCCGAUUACUCUGUCCAUUGUCACACCACCUCAUCCUCGCAACAAAUUUAAUCGGAUCAAGGACGUUACUUAUGAUGGUGAACGCCACCAAAGGAUUGUAUAUUUCUUGCGACGUUCCCAUGGCCCAGUUCAUAAUCAACAUGAAUGCUUCACUGCCUCAGUCACAGAAGUUCAUAAUACAUGUCCUGGACAACACUCAUAUCUUCGUUCGCUCGGACGUGGCUGGUAUGAUAAGAAGUGCCAUUGCAACAUUCAGAGAGCAGAACACAUACGAGAAGCCUUCUUAAUUCUGUUUAAUUCGGCAUUCAUAAUACAAUGAUGUCCACAUACACAGAGGAAAUCUGGUUUUGGGCAUCUAUUAUAACCUAUAAUAAUGAAUCAUACAUUUUUCGGUUAAGGUCCAAUACUUCUAUAAAAUUUCAACUCAAGAAUUGUCAUCCA